GGAGCGCUGUGACAGCACGCCUCGCCUUGUCCGUCCCCACAGCACUUGAUGAAUGCCGGUCAUGAUCUAGUCAGGGGAAGUAACCACCAGAGCCCACGGAAUUCAACGUUUGCCUAAUCCAGUGGGUUAGAUCUAGCAGAAUAUCACUAACUUGCAUUACGUCAAGCCAUGAAUAUCCGCUACCACGUCCCACUGACCGAGGUCAAACUGACCAAGGUCAAACUGACCCUUCUGAUUGUCUGCCUGGCCGGAACCGUCGGGGCGAUAAAACUGACAGCCGUCAAAUACGAUUUAGGUGGCGCCCCACCCAACCUCACAGGAGCCCUGGAAAAAAAUCACAUCCUAACAAGCGCUGAACGCUACAAGGAGCGCGAACUGAAAGGACCGGAGUCGUUCGUUUAUCAUAAAGGCCAUAUCUACACUGGGCUGGCCGAUGGCCGGAUUGUGGACAUCUCGGACUGUGGCGUCAGGACAGUGGCCAGGAUGGCCCCGGCCUCGUGCAACGGAGAGUCCCAGUGUGGGCGACCCCUGGGACUGAGGGUGGACAACAGCGGCCAGCUUGUUGUAGCUGACUCCUCCAAGGGCAUCUUUAGAAUCAACCUACAAACAGGGCAGGUACAGACAUUGUACUCUUCUGAGACACCUGUCAACGGCCGGAAGUGCAAGUUCAUCAAUGACGUGGUCGUGGCUAAAGACGGAACUAUUUUGUUCACCGACUCGAGCGCCAAGUGGUCGCGGAAGGAAUUUUUGUACGUCGUGCUGGAGGGAGAGGCGACUGGAAGACUGCUGGCGUACAGCGACAAGUCCAACAAAACCAUUGUCGUUCUGGACAAGAUGGCCUUCCCUAACGGACUGGAGUUUGGGCCGAAAGACGAGUUUCUCCUCAUCUCAGAGACAGGCAGGGCCAGGAUACGCAAACUGAGUCUAAAACCAGGCAAGACAUGGCUCCAGGUCUCGACCUUUGCUGCCAACCUUCCGGGGCUUCCAGACAACAUCAGGGCGUCAGGGCGCGGGACGUACUGGGUGGCCAUGUCGCAGGCGCGGCACGCAAACAUGUCCUCCAUGAUUGACGAGUACGCCAGCCAGCCACAGCUGCGGGAGAUGGUUGCCAUGAUGUCCUCCAUGGACCAGAUCCUCCAGAUGAGCGAGAAGUACGGCAUGGUGGUAGAGCUGGACGAGGGUGGGAACAUCAUUCGUUCUCUACAGGACCCCACGGGCAAACAGGUGGCCGCAGUAAGCGAGGCUAUGGAGAAAGACGGCUAUUUAUAUCUCGGCAGUUUUGACCGGCCCUACGUCAGCCGUGUGCCGCUGACCGAUAAGUUUGACGUCGAGCGGUUCAUAGCUAAAAUCAAGUCCACGUGCCGGGCCACCCGGAUGAACUUAGCCAAGGUCAAGGCAGUCCUCAAGCGUAUCGUUGCGCUGGCCGAGUUUAGGAAAUACAUGUUGAGUUUAGCCAAGAGGCGCCCUGACGGUGCCAAGACGCCUGCCACCACACCAUCUACUGCCACCACGCCAUCCACUGUCACCACGCUAACCUCCGUGCAGACGACAAGAUCCCAGAGUUCAAACGGCUCGACAGUGGCGCCACCGGAGCAGACGAGCACCGCGACGGGGAGCAACCAAUCAAGCACGACCAGCCCUGGUGCUACAGCCCGGACAGACGGCACCACCACUGCCAGCAACAACGACACCUACACAACAACACAGAAGACAAUCGACGCUACAUCCGGGGCAACCAAACCUUCCGACAGCAACGUGACCACGCCGGCCACUCCACCGGAAGUCAGCACGCAGACACAGGAGGUGACCACAGGGCCAAGCUCCACGACCGUGGGGGAAGAUAAUGCGGCCCCUCCACAGGGUCAAAGCACCGCUAGGCCCGUGACAACAACUUGAGGUCUGCGCAUCCUAAAACCGGAAGUACGCCCAGCUUUGGGCCGGAGAUUUCCGGACGAUUGUCUGUCAGUGAAAUGUUUAGAAAUAAUCGCAAGUGUACACAGUCUUCCAAUAAAAUGGUGUUAUUUAAUUUU